UCUUUGAAGGAAGCAAUGAAACAGCGCGUGCGCUGGCCGUUAGUUCUCGAGUCACAUUUGAAAUUGAACCGGCAACACAGCAUUGGGGAAGAGCAGCGGUGGUGAACGGAAAAGUAAACGUGUGAAAAUGAGCGAUCUGGAGGAUAUCGGCCACCACAUUCAUGACAGAAUAUCAUCCUUACAGCGCCUGCUGGAUCUGUCAGUUGUUGAACUGCCUCAACAUAAAAUUAAGAAACUUGGUCAAGAAAUAUUUGCACUUGAGAGACUCCUGGAGGAGUUUGAAAAAUAUGUUGGCCAACAUAAGGAGCAACUAAAGCAUCUGAAGGAACUUGAGGAGUCAUUCCAGAAGGAUUUGGAGGAUGUCCAGGACAUUAGGGACAACAUACCUGCACACAUGCCUAGGAAGAAAUGUCCAGCAACUGGAAGUGAACCUGUAAUGAACCAGAAUGAGGCACCAGACAUACAGCCAGCACAGCCGGAAACUGUCAAAAAGAACAACAAGAGCUUCGUCAGAGAGAUGGAGUUUAUCACGAUGCCAGAGUUUGAGAACAUCCCUCAGUACAUGAAAGGACGUAUAUCAUACGAUCAACUUAAUGCUGCGGUGCAAAGUAUUAACAUAGCUGUAACAGCCAAGUACAAGAUCCUCCAUCAGUCGGUGAAAACUCUCAACAAUCAUACACGCAAGCUGCACCAGCGCUUUAAGGACCAGGAGACUAAAGUAACAAAAGGUCAGUAUUUCGUGGUGGAGGAUGACAUUCGUGAAUUUACUCAGAUGAAGGUGGACAAACGAUUCCAGGGGAUUUUGAACAUGCUGCGACACUGCCAACGCCUACGGGAGCUUCGAGGGGGGGGGGUCAUCCGCUUUAUGUUGUUGUAAAUUAACAAGACUCAGACAAGAAGACAGAUAGCUAUUUCAGUGUGGCUGUUUUUUUUUAUUAUGGUAACAUAUUAGGCCAGCAGUUUGCAUAUGUGCAUAUUUCCUGAUUAAUUGUUGUCACAUUAUUUUGAGGCUUUUACAGAUUGAGAGGUUUUUGAUUUGUCAGAUGAUUCAGCACAUUCUUUGAGGUAAAACAUUGUGUCCCUAACAAAAUGGGACAGGACUGGAAAGAGUACACAUUUACCACCUUUAUGUACACAUAAUACUGGAAUAUGUAUGCUGAUGUAUGUUGUGGUAUAAAUAAUGUUAUAUCUGUAUUUUUAAGAACAAAAUAAAAAAUAUACAUGUGAUUAAUACA